CAGUGUUCAGCAGCUCGGCAGAGACACACUCCUCAUUAACAGGCUCCAGAUGCCAGAUGCCUUCACUGAGAAGACUUGUAUGCGAGCUGUGUGUAUUCUUUCCUCUCUUUUAAAGCCUUUCACUGUGAACUGAUCUUUCUUCCAUCAAUGGCAGAGGAAUAUUAUGGGCUUGUAUCAAAUUUUAGAACACGUGGACAGCUUAUUUACCAUAUUGUGGUCAGAGGUGAUGGAGAAACGCUGUGGUGGUGCAACAGCAACAGCAGCAGCCGCAGCCGCAGCAGCAGCAGCAGCAGCAGCAGCAGCAUCAGCAUCGGUGGAAACCAGAGUGUGACGAGGCGUUAAGGAGAUAAUCAAUGAGGAGAGCCAGGGCUCUGGUACGUUUGGACAAGGUCAGAGUCUAGGACUGGCUGAGAUUAUGUCCAUGUGGAGACAGAAACAACAACAAGAACCAGAAAAAAGACAGACUUUGACGCUUCCUCUAGAGGGGACGAGGUUGUCCAGGGAUGUCCCCUCUGAAAAGCAGGACUUACUACCUGUGCGUUGGAUUGCAGAAGCAACCAAUUCCUUCAGCAUUUGCAUGAUUAUGCCUAUGCUUUAUUUUUGACAACCUUCAUCCUAAGACUGCGUGGCUUCGCUUUCUCUCAAUUCUCUUACUCCUUCACACAUCCACACUGGAGUUAAAGUUUCUUCCCUGUCGCUGACUUGGUUUAAUUGUGCUCAGUUAAAGGUAGUUAAGGUGACUGUCAGUCUCUGUUGGUGGUGUUAGUGGAAAAUCCAGGAGGGUUUGAUUCCCCCCAGAACAGCAGCACAAACAGCCCCAUCUCCUGCUGUUGCUGUUCAUGGUGCUGACCUCGGGCUCCAGGAAUGGUGGAGACGCUGAGUAUCGCUGUCAUCGGUGCUCCAGGAGUGGGCAAAACUUCCAUAAUCCGCCAGUUCAUCUAUAACGACUUCUCUGAGGUGUACACGCCAACAAGGAGCAGAUAUGUGUACAGACCCUCUGUUAUUCUAAAUGGAAACAUGUAUGAGCUGAAGAUUUUGGACAUCCCACCAAUCUCCUCGUUUCCAUCCAGCUCCAGUCAGGAGUGGCUGGACCUGCGAUGCCGAGGAGUACGCAACGCCAACGCCUACAUCCUGGUGUAUGACAUCUGCUGCGUGGAGAGCUUUGAAUAUGUCAAGAUGAUCAGGCAGCAGAUUGUCGAAAACAGGGAAGGCAGCAGCAACGAGGUGCCAAUCCUGGUGGUGGGCAACAAAAGAGAUCUGCAGAGGCAGCGGGUCAUGCCUCGCAGAGCGGUUUCUGUGCUGGUGAAGAAGACAUGGAAGUGUGGCUACGUGGAGUGCUCUGCCAAAUAUAACUGGCACGUGGUUCUGCUCUUCAAAGAGCUGCUUGGCAUUGCCGUGGCACGAGGCAUGCGUCUGAACCACACCUCCAUCAGGCUACAGGGGGCGCUACAGAGAAAUCGUUGCACCAUCAUGUGACGCCCCAGUGCCCCCUCCACCCCUCUUACCUCAGUGAAGCUGGAGUGGAAAAAAAAGAACUUUUAUCUAAAUGGCUGGAAAAAUACCCUGUGGCCUCCUGCUUUACUGAGCUGAUUUUUCAUAAUGAGGUUUAUUAUCUCACACUGUAAUAACACAGUCAAAUUUUACUCAUGGUCAUCCAACCACUACCUAGUCGAUUUCUGCCAAAUGUGUACAUGAAAGAGAAGCAGUAUGAGGAAGCAGGAGCAAAACAACAGGAUUAACACACUGAUUUUUCCACACUGUCUGAGCUGCCUGGCUCUAAAAGGCUGUGCAUCCCAGAAUUCCACAGCAGUAGGUUUCAUUGAGUAUGUUUGUGGUAGGCCCUUAAAAACCUUAACAACCUUGUCAUAUUUAAUAGCACUCACGCAUGCAAGCGUUUUGGCAUUUGGAAUAAAUUAAGGGGAGAGGUAUUCAUAUUCAUAUAUAUAUAUAUAUGUGUGUGUGUGU